UCAGGUGGUUAAAGCCUCUGGACACACAGCCUCUGUGAUUGCCAAACUCACCUUUCAACCUGCCGAGCCUGGUGCGGAGCUCCCGCCACCAUGAAAACCAUCAUCGCGGCCUGCUCCCAAAAUCUUAGUGGGAGCCGUGCCAGUGUCCAGGCCGCCCUGCGCACGCUGCUGGCCGUGCCCUGGCCCUCCCAGCGGGACGUUCGCUCCGCGCUCCAGCUCCUCGCCGUCCUGCAGUGGGUGCUCAGCUUCCUGCUGCUGGGAACCGUCAGCCUCGUGGUGCUCAUCUACCUACUGUUCACCAGCUUCUGGCUCAUCCCGGUGCUCUACCUGGCCUGGAUCAUCUUCGACUGGGACACACCGGAGAGAGGUGGCAGGAGGCUGCCGUGCCUGCGGCGAUGGACUGUGUGGAACCACUUUCGGGAUUAUUUCCCAGUCAAGCUGGUGAAGACACAUGAUCUGUCACCCAACCACAACUACAUCAUUGGCUCCCACCCCCACGGCAUCCUCUGUGUCGGCGCCUUCUGCAACUUCAUCACGGGCUCCACGGGCUUCGAGGAGAUGUUCCCGGGAAUCCACUCCUUCCUCACCACCCUGGCUGGCAACUUCCGCCUGCCCCUUUUCCGGGAGUACCUGAUGAGUGGGGGGCUGUUCCCGGUGACCCGCCGUGCCAUCGGGUACCUGCUGUCCCAGAACGGCACCGGCAACGCGGUGGCCAUCGUCAUCGGCGGCGCGGCCGAGUCGCUGUCCUGCCGGCCCGGCGUCACCACGCUCAUCCUCCGCAACCGCAAGGGCUUCGUGCGCAUGGCCUUGCAGCACGGGGCCUUCCUCGUCCCCUCCUUCUCCUUUGGGGAGAAUGACCUGUUCCGCCAGGUGGUCUUUGAGGAGGGCAGCUGGAUGAGAAGCAUCCAGCAGCGCUUCCAGAAGAUGAUUGGCUUCGCUCCCUGCGUCUUCUAUGGCCGUGGCCUCACCUCCAGCCGCUCCCGGGGCAUCCUGCCCUACGCCAGACCCAUCACCACCGUGGUGGGGGAGCCGGUGGCAGUGCCCAAGGUGCAGAACCCGAGCCGGGAGCUGGUGGACACGUACCACGAGAUGUACAUCCAGGCCCUGCUCAAACUCUUCAACGACAACAAGACCAAGUAUGGGCUGUCGGAGACGGAUGAGCUGCACAUCCUCUGAGUGCCCCCGGCGCCGGCAGCCCCGUCCCAGCUCACCAGGGCUCCUGGGGGGGGAUUUCAGCUGGCCCAGCAUGGGGGACACACAGGGCACAGUCCCCACCCCAGCCCUCCGCUCCUCUGGCCCAAAAACCUGAGUGGGAGAUGAGAGGAGAGGAGGAAACCAGGGGGAGAUUGGGAAAGGGUCCCCCUUGGAAGGGGUUUGGAGGGGCUGCAGGUGACACAGCUGUCUCCUGGCAGGGGCUGGGGUGAGGAUGAGGGCCAGUGAUGGGCACAAUCCCCCCAGAUAACCAGGUCACCAUGAGCUGAGGGAGGGGGUGCCAUGGGAGGAAAAAUCAAAUGGGGUCUUUGGGGUGGCAUCAUGAUGGCACGUGGGACCAGCCUUGGGGGACAUCCCACCCUGAGGUCAGGGGGGAACACUCCUGGACUUGGGGACCUGUGGAAGUGGCCUCAGCCAGGACCAUGUGGUCUCAGAUGAGCCUUUUCAGAUGCCUCUGUCCCCAAUACAGGUUUCCAACUC